AGCGGGUCCGCAACCAGAGCGAGUCCGUAGCGGGAGCGGCUCCCCGCGCUGCGCGGCGCGAUGAGGCUGACUCCGCGCGUGCUGUGCAGCGCCGUCCGGGCCGCCUGGCGGGAGAGCUUCCCCUUGGGCGGUCGCGACGUGGCGCGCUGGUUCCCGGGCCACAUGGCCAAAGGGCUGAAGAAGAUGCAAAGCAGCCUGAGGCUGGUGGACUGCGUCAUCGAGGUCCACGACGCCCGGAUCCCACUUUCAGGCCGAAACCCUCUGUUCCAGGAAACCCUUGGGAUUAAGCCUCACUUGCUCGUCCUCAACAAAAUGGACCUGGCUGACCUGAAGGAGCAGCAGAAAAUUAUACAACACUUGGAAGGGCAAGGCCUAAAAAAUGUCAUUUUUACCAACUGUGUCAAGGAUGAAAACAUCAAGCAGGUCAUCCCCGCGGUCACGGAACUGGUUCGGAGCAGCUACCGCUACCACCGAGGGGAGAGUGUGGAGCUCUGCAUCAUGGUGAUCGGCGUCCCCAACGUGGGCAAGUCCUCGCUCAUCAACUCGCUCAGGAGGCAGCACCUCAGGAAAGGAAAAGCCACCCGGGUGGGCGGCGAGCCUGGGAUCACGAGGGCUGUGAUGUCCAGAAUCCAGGUGUGUGAGCGGCCGCUGAUGUUCCUGCUGGACACUCCUGGGGUGCUGGCUCCUCGGAUCGAGAGCGUGGAGACGGGCCUGAAGCUGGCCCUGUGUGGGACCGUGCUGGACCACCUGGUAGGGGAGGAGACCCUGGCCGACUACCUUCUCUACACCCUCAACAGGCACCAGCUGUUCGGGUACGUGCAGCACUACGGCUUGGGCGAGGCCUGUGACGACGUGGCAAGUGUGCUGAAGCGCGUGGCCGUGCGGCUGGGGAAGACGCGGAGGGUGAAGGUGCUGACCGGCACAGGGAGCGUGAACGUCCUGCAGCCCGACUACAGCGCAGCGGCCCACGACCUCCUCCGGACCUUCCGCCGCGGGCUGCUGGGCCCCGUGAUGCUGGACCGGGACGUCCUGCAGGGCGCCCCCCGCUAGGCCCUGCCCGCCCGCGGCCCCCGGGCGUGCCGCGUUGCGACCGUCGCGUCCGGCUUGACGCCUGGGCCGCCUUCUCCAGAAGCUCCCUGCGGUCACUGUGCACCAGGUCUCUCCCCGGGAGCGGGCUGCGUCCCUGCCGCGGCACAGCCAGGCCGGUCCCCGCUUCCCGGGGACGGAGCCCGGGGUGUGGACGUCCGCGGCGUGCCUGGCCUGGCGGGGACACUUGCGCUCAGGUCUCGUACGGAGGGGCCAGCGUUGUCCAGGAAGGAGGAGCUGCGGCCUGUCAUUUAAAGGCGUGAAAC